CAAACAUAAAUUUGUAAAAUAAUUAAUCAUAGCAUAUCCAAGAAAGUUAAUCAAUCAUGAAGAGUGUAUUAAAUGUUUGUAUUUUUGCGAUUCUACUAUGGAUUGUGGACAGCAGAGGUGUGAGUUUUCGACCACAUCUUGAUGGGAGAAUUGUGGGUGGAGUAGAUGCAACCAUUGAACAAUAUCCAUAUCAAGUGUCUCUUCAAACCCCUUCUGGAAGCCAUUUUUGUGGAGGAUCAGUUAUAAGUCCAUCAGUAGUUUUAACAGCAGCACAUUGUGUACAAGGUAGUUCACCAAGUAGUUUAACAGUUCGUGCAGGUUCAACAACCAGAGGAUCGGGUGGAGUUGUCGUUGCUGUUAAAAGGAUUCAUGUGCAUGAAAAAUAUGAUAGCAAGAAAGUCGACUUUGAUGUCGCCGUACUUGAGCUUAGCCAAUCCCUAACAACAUCCAAUAAAAUAAAACCAGUUAAACUUCCAGAAGCAUCCGAAUAUUUGAGAGCUGGUGAAAGUUCAGUGGCAAGUGGUUGGGGUGCAUUAAAGCAAGGUGGAGGUGCACCUACAACUUUGCAAGCUGUCAAAUUACCAAUUUUAGAUCAAGGAGUGUGCAAUAAUGCUUACGGUGGAGGCAUUACUGAUCGUAUGAUAUGUGCUGGUUCACUUGCCGGCGGCAUUGAUUCAUGUCAAGGGGACUCUGGUGGUCCAUUGGUGUCAAACAGCAAACAACACGGAAUUGUUUCCUGGGGUAAUGGAUGUGCUCAAAAGAAUUAUCCUGGAGUCUACACACGUGUGACUGCUGUGCGUGCAUGGAUCAAAUCCAAAGUAAAUGUAUAAAAUUGUAGUGCAAAUAUAUUAAAUAAAUUGUUUCAAGUGUA